CGUUCUCUUUGGGAAUGUAACAUUAUUCUGUUUGUAUUAUCUGGAAACUAUUGCAGAAUAAGCCUGCUGCAGCUGGAUCUUCAUCUAUGUCUGCAGCACCUUCUAAUCCGGUAAGCAUUAAUACUUAUGUAUAUCUAUCUUGCUACUGUAAACAUGAUGCUUCCUUUCUUGCGGUUUACUGAGAUGUAACUUCCAUGGUGUUUUGUUUGGUGAGUGAUGCUUGAAUAUAGUUAGUUUCUUAGGUUUAUUGAUUAAAAUGCACCGUUUUAUUUUAUAUUCUAUAGAUUUGGGAGUUUUGAUGUUACUAAUGAUUUUUAAUAUAGGGAUUCCAGUUGCCUGCUAUCCACGAUAAACAUAUGAAUAGAGAUUUAUUUUGAAGUUUUCUAUUUUAUUAUAUUAGACUUUUCUUGAUUAAUCUUAGUUUCUUGCUUGAAUAUUUUAUUAUAUUGCAUUUUUUGUACUGUCUCCAUUUUGUGUUUCUUUAUUUCUUUAUUUUUUUUGACCUGGGUGGUGGUUUAAGUAGAUGAUUGUCUCUUCUUGAUGGUUUACUAAUAGUACAAUGAUUAACUGGGGUUGACAUUCUAUAGCAUUCUCUCCAGUGUUAAGCAAUGAUUACGACAUCUCAUGAUGCUAAUCUCUUGAAGUUGCACGAGGUUUCACCUUUGGCUCUCAAACCUAAUCCUUACCUGGCGCAAGAGUUAUUUAAACAAUGGCUUUUGCUUCCUGAAACCAAUUGCCUCAUUGAUGCCCAUGUUGUGGCAGGUGUGGCAACUUUCACUUUUCCUUGCUCUAACCAGGAGCAGCUAUUACCUGGUCAAGUUCUUAUGCAGUUGCAAUGUUAUGAUUAUGUGGUGGCUUCUAGGUUGUUUCAGCACCAUUUAAUAUCAGCAGAUUGCAGCCAUGGGGUCAGAAGGUAGUAAAGCAGGGGUCUCAAUGAAGGGUUCUAUUGUUUUCUCCUUGUCCUCCAUCGUCUUAGGUAAGCCCUCAACCAAUUAAUCUACAGUUUUUUUUUUCAAACUUAAGUAGACCUUCUGGAUUAACUUUUCCUGCAAGUUCUAGUACUAAGACUUCAUUUUGUCAUAAGCUAUAUUACUUAGAUAGCUGGACCCAGGUACUCGUGUCUAGCACGGGUAUGCAUCUUUUAACAGAUCUUAGCUCUUGUUGAUAUUUCGUAGUAUCGCUUUCCAGCCUCUUCAUCUUCUAGUUACUUUAUAUAGUUUCUCUUAUAUUUGA